UCGAAUAAGGAGCGUUUGCUCGGGGACAUGGGACCUACCCUGCUUCAUCGAGCAUGUCUGCAUCUCGAGCCUGCUCAGGCUCUUCAUCGUUAUCAUCGUCACCUACAUCGUGCUGCUGUUCGGGUAUGUUCUGUGCAAGCUGGGCAUCGUCAAGUGCGUGGCCAAGAACUCCUUCAAGAUGGUGUGGAAGCCCUGCUCGGCCUGCUGCCGCGCGCUCGGCCUCCUCUGGCACAAGGUGCGCGACACCAAGCGCGUGCACCGCGGCCGGCGCGGCCGCCGGGAGCGGGACGUCGAGCUGGGAGAGCUCAGCAGCACGAGCCGCGACGGCACGGGCCGCUCAUCCUCCUCCUCCUCCUCCUCUGACGACGACGACGACCGCCGCCGUGGCGCCGCGGCGAGCAGCAGGUUGAGGGGGAGAUCGUUGUCGUCGUCGUCCUUGUCCGUACGGGAGAGGAGGAAGGACAGGAUCCGGCAGUCCCUGCGCCUCAAGAGGGUCAGCUCCAAGGUGGAGCGCGCUGCGAGGGUAAGCCAGGGGAGUGGACGGCGACACCGGCACUCAAGCUCGACCGGGGCUGGGCCGAGGAGAGCGGAGGUGCCGCCGUCCUUGUCCUUGUCGUCACGGCGCGAGCAUGGGCAUGGCUCGCCGGCGCGUGGCCAUAAGCCUGCGCACGGCCGCACACUAAGGUCGAGCCAUGGCGAUUCGACGCGACAAAACUUGAUGCCCCAUCAGUGA